UAGACAGAAAUUUAGUACCCAGUCAGUUUGGUCGUCAAAUUUGAUUUCCAGAUCCGUUAAUCUGUUCUGAUACUCAGUUUUCUGUUUCUUGAUUAAUCAAUCGAUCGGGGAUGGAUUAUGAUUUUAGAGCAAGAACAGGACCACCGUAUGAUGCUCAUAAUAACUCCAUGUAUAGACCAGUAACAACUACGACUAAUUCAUCAAAUCAUGGCUCUUCACUUUACCCUAGAGUUGGACCUUCUGGUGGUCAUGGAGCUCUUCCUGCUCGCGCACCUUCUUUCCAGCAGAACACCUCUCCUUCUCCUUCCUCAGGAAUGGGGAUUAGGGUUGCAAUUAAACCAGAAUACAGAAUAACUCCACCUCCUCAGUUGUCGCCGGCUGUUGGAGAAAUUCCACGGAGCACUUUUCAGUUUGAUUUUGAUUUUGAGAAGAAAGUUCUUGCGGAGGCAGACAAGGAUGGCCAAAACUGGACCGGGUUUGCUCAGGAAAACCUUCCAUCUAGAACUACAGAAUCAACUUCUUCUGUGGGCUCUGUCACAGACCCAGUGGUGAGUAAAUACAUUGCUUCGGGACUAAGUCGAGAGGCUGUGCCGUUUGCAGUGGCAAAUUUUGGAGAUAAUCCCACCAAGGUUAGGGAAUUUGUUAACGGCUACAAUCUUCUCAGAGAAAUGGGAUUCCCUUCAAACAGUGUGGCUGAAGCCUUAGGCAUGUAUGAUAAUGAUACAGACAAGGCACUGGCUCAUUUCCUCAACAGCUCAUCAUAGUGAGGGAUAUACCCACAAUCAGAUGAGAUUAUUCAGUAUGAUAUGCUUGGUUGUUACUUAUUAGCUACAUUAGUACUGUUAUAUUCUGUUUAAUCGUAUUUGUGAAGUUUGUUCGACUCUACCUUUGCUGGCUAAACCAUAUAUGAAUGUAAAUAGAUGUGGUCUAUUUUGUACCUUAAUGAUGAACUGAUGAUUGCUGGCAUUACGUCAGUAAGUGCCCUAUAUUUGGAGCAAUACCGCUUACAGCAAGACACUACAUAUCCCUUGUAAUAGUUGAAGUGGGAAGAUUCGUUUCUUUCUUCUUUUAGAUGCACAUUUCCAUUCAAAUAAAGACUUCUUUUCACCAUGGGAAAUUAUU